AUGACCAGCCGUUCCUACCGCAUCAGCUCUGGCUGUAGUGCCCGGAAUUUCAGCUCCUGCUCAGCCGUCCUGCCCAAGCCUGGGGCUCACAGCUGUGUUAGUGCCAUCACCUACCGUGGGGGCAGUCCUGGGGGGCCGGGCUACAGACGCCUCAGUGGUUUUGGCAGCCGGAGCAUGUGUGCAGUGGGUUCCCCCCGGGUUGCGGUGAGCUGUGGAUGGCCCCUGCGAAGUGGGAGCAGCUUUGGCUACCGGGCAGGGGUCCUUGGUGGGCCCGGCACCCCCUGCAUCACCACUGUGACAGUCAAUGAAAGCCUCCUCACACCCCUCAACUUGGAGAUCGACCCCAACACACAGUGCGUGAAGCAAGAGGAGAAGGAACAGAUCAAAAGUCUCAACAACAAGUUUGCUGCCUUCAUUGACAAGGUACGCUUCCUGGAGCAACAGAACAAGCUGCUGGAGACCAAGUGGGAGUUCUACAAGAACCAGCGAUGUUGUGAAAGCAACCUGGAGCCACUGUUCAAUAGCUACAUCGAGCCGCUGAGGAGGGAGGCCAAGUACUUGGAGGCUGACAGCGGAAGGCUGGCUUCAGAGCACAACCAAGUGCAAGAGGCACUGGAGGAUUACAAGAAGAAGUAUGAAGAAGAGGUAGCAUUCAGGGCCACGGCUGAGAAUGAGUUUGUGGUGUUAAAGAAGGAUGUGGACAGUGCCUAUCUGCGUAAGGCAGAUCUGGAGGCCAAUGUGGAAGCACUUAGGGAAGAGAUUGGCUUCCUGCACUCCCUCUAUGAGGAGGAAAUCUGUCUCCUUCAGUCACAAAUCUCAGACACCUCAGUAGUGGUAAAGAUGGACAACAGCCGGGAGCUCAACAUGGACUCGGUUGUGGCUGAGAUCAAGGCUCAGUAUGAUAAUAUCGCCAGUUGCAGCAGGGCUGAGGUUGAGUCCUGGUACCAAAACAAGUGCGAGGAGGUGAAGGCCACAGUGACCCAGCAGGGUGAGAACCUUCGUAGAACAAAGGAUCAGCUCAAUGAGCUGAACCGUCUGAUUCAGAGGCUGACGGCUGAGGUGGAGAAUGCCAAGCAGCAGCGCUGCAAGCUGGAGGCUGCUGUGGCCGAGGCAGAGCAGCAGGGUGAGGUGGCCCUCAGCGAUGCCCGCUGCAAGCUGGCCGGGCUGGAGGAGGCCCUGCAGAAGGCCAAGCAGGACAUGGCCUGCCUGCUCAAGGAGUACCAGGAGGUGAUGAACUCCAAGCUGGGCUUGGAUGUGGAGAUCGCCACUUACCGCAAGCUGCUGGAGGGCGAGGAGAGCAGGUUGUGUGAAGGCGUGGGCUCUGUCAACAUCUGUGUGAGCCUUUCCCAAGGUGGCGCAGUUUGCGGGGACCUCAGUUCUACGGUCUUGCGUGGCCUGGGGGGCAUGGCCAUCAGCAGCGGUGCCCUCUGCUCCCCCUCUGUAGUGGGGGGCUGCUCCAGUGCAAGAUCUGUAUGGUUUGCAUAG